GUGGCGGCUUCCACUUCCUGGCCCUCCCUACCUGUAGCGAAACCAACGAGAGGACACGGCCUGCAUCUAGAGCAGCCCGACCAGGAGCGUAACCGAGUGGCGCGCGAACGUGAGAGGAGAGCCGUGCGCGGCUGCGCUUUCCCGCCCCUGAGCGGUUCUAGACGCGGGAAAAAUGCUUUCUGAAAGCAGUUCAUUUUUGAAGGGUGUGGUGCUCGGAAGCAUUUUCUGUGCCUUGAUCACUAUGCUAGGACACGUUAGGAUUGGUCAUGGAAGUAAAAUGCACCACCAUGAGCAUCAUCACCUACAAGCUCCUAAUAAAGAAGAUAUCUUGAAAAUUUCAGAGGAUGAACGCAUGGAGCUCAGUAAGAGCUUUCGGGUAUACUGUAUCAUCCUUGUAAAACCCAAAGAUGUCGGUCUUUGGGCUGCGGUGAAGGAAACUUGGACCAAACACUGUGACAAAGCAGAGUUCUUCAGUUCUGAAAACGUUAAAGUGUUUGAGUCAAUUAACAUGGAAACAGAUGACAUGUGGUUAAUGAUGAGAAAAGCUUACAAAUACGCCUUUGAUAAAUAUAGAGACCAAUACAACUGGUUCUUCCUGGCACGCCCCACUACGUUUGCUAUUAUUGAAAACUUAAAAUAUUUUUUGUUAAAGAAGGAUCCAUCACAACCUUUCUAUCUAGGCCACACUGUAAAAUCGGGAGACCUUGAAUAUGUGAGUGUGGAAGGAGGAAUUGUCUUAAGUAUAGAAUCAAUGAAAAGACUUAACCACCUUCUCAGUAUCCCUGAAAAGUGUCCCGAGCAGGGAGGGAUGAUUUGGAAAAUAUCUGAAGAUAAGCAGCUAGCAGUCUGUCUGAAAUAUGCUGGAGUGUUUGCAGAAAAUGCAGAAGAUUCUGAAGGAAAAGAUGUAUUUAAUACCAAAUCUGUUGGGCUUUUUAUUAAAGAGGCAAUGGCCAAUCACCCCAACCUGGUAGUAGAAGGAUGUUGUUCAGAUAUGGCUGUUACUUUUAAUGGACUGACUCCUAAUCAGAUGCAUGUGAUGAUGUAUGGGGUAUACCGUCUUAGGGCAUUUGGGCAUAUUUUCAAUGAUGCAUUGGUUUUCUUACCGCCAAAUGGUUCUGAUAAUGACUGAGAAGUGAAACAAGCACAUAUAUGAUCACCGUAUAGGACAUGUAUUGUCAUUAUUUAUAGUAAUGGCUACAUGUACAACACCACGGUAUGUUUUUUUUCCUUUUUUAAAUUGGUGGAACUGGUUUAAUCACACAUUAAAAUUUAGUAGUACAUUUUAAAAUAGGGUGGGUUGUUUUCCUUAAAACACAUGAAAAUUUCAAAUGUGUUGGAAAGAAAUGUUUUAAGAAUAAUUUUGCAAAUAAAGGAUAUAUUUAUAAAUAUAUUUAUGUGAUAAAUUCUAAAUUAUGAAUAUUAAAAAUCUGUGUGGCACAUAUUUUGUUGGUUGGUUAAAAAUUUUAACGUCUUUAGCUUUCUAAGAUAUGCAAAUAAAAUCUCUAGUUGUGAAUUUGUGAUUAAAGUUAAA